GUGGAAAAAGGGUUCUCUCCGGCCAUUUCCUUGAGUCGUUCCGCCGCCACUCGACCACCACCGCCAUGGCGGCGCCGACGCCGACCACAACCACUCGCAGAGACUACCGCCUCCGCCCCCGCUGCUUCUCGUCUCCACGCAGCUGUCCGAUGGCCAAGCGACUCGCCGGCAUCGACAAAGAGGUAGGGGGCGGCACGCCAACAGAGCAGCCCACCCAGACCGGGCAGGCCGCCUCGUUGCGCUCACCCAUUUGGUCAGCGCCAGGUGCUCGUCGAGGUGGUGAGGUUCACGCAUAAGAGCGGACUGAGGGGCUGUGACGGUGGCUGGAAGGAUUUCCUGGCCCGGAACGAUAGAAAGUUUGGCGCGUCGGUGAGCGACCCGAGGAAGCGCUCCAGGGACGUGCUGUUCGCCUUCCUGCAAACCUUCCCCAAGGAUUUCCAGAAGAAACACUUGAUGCCACUAGUCCGACGAGAGCCACCGGAAGGCAACGCAGGCAUUCCUCAGUCCCCAAAGUGAGCUGCUGGGCAGCUGCUCAUCACCAACACAAUUCUAACCCCCAGCAGUUUCAGGCGAUUGGCAUACGAAUCGCAAAGACGCUGCAUGCCUUCUAUCAGUUCUGCCGACCACACACAAUAUUUGGAACCAUAAUAGGCAUUACUUCGGUGUCUCUCCUACCAGUGAAAGAGCCUGGACGAUUUUAUGUUGAUAGCUAUAUGGGGAUUUCUCGAGGCUUUGGCCGCCGCAUUAUGUAUGAACGUUUAUGUAGUAGGGCUGAACAAGGUCAAUAAGCCAACCCUCCCAUUAGCGUCAGGAGAGUUUUCAGUGCCAACUCCAGUAUUGUUAGUAGUGGCAUUCUUGGUCAUGGUGUCUGGUCAUGGCUUGCUUGCCUCCACACUCUGGCAAAGAGCACAACAAUUUGACAUUGAGAAUAAGGAUUGUAUCACACAAUUUUAUAUGUUCAUUUGGAAGUUAUUCUACGCCGAGUAUUUUCUUAUACCAUUUGUGUAGUAAAGAAUCAUGCGAAGAACAACACCCCUGCUAUAGACAUGUGAAGGUUUAUUGCUAAUGUUACUCUACCGAAUGGUCUGAAUGUCUAUGCGUCAUUUGAAUGUAAUAUGACUAUUUGUUGUAUCAGGGUAACAACUGGAGCAAAUGUACCAUGUAUAUUAAGUAUUAAUUUAACUGCAUCAUUUGUACCAUGUAUAUUAUGACUAUGUAUGAGAUAUUGUCUCUUAUUAUUACUGGAUGUGAUGUGUCUUAUUUUGACU